AGAUGGCCUCGUCAACGCGUGUAUAAAACUACGAAAAUUUCGAAACUUCCCUCGAGCGCUUCGAUCGUCUCUUCAGAAAUAUUCUACGAUUUUGAUCGAUGACGAUCUACCAUUAUCAAUCAAGUGAAUAAGGGAUAGCAAAGAUUAACCGCAAGAGAAACGCUGUUAGAGCCGUUCACCAAUGGCUUCUCUAGUAGUUCCACCGUUAACUGUUACUCCGAUCUCGGAUUCUGAUAUUGAACUACCAACAGUUCAAAUCAGCGAUCACGAUGAAGACGAAAUAUCAAAGAGAGAUGAGAAGGAGGAGCAAACAUCGUUUAUCAAGAAACAGGAGACGCCUAAGGACCUGCUAAGCGUUCCGCAGCACUCUUUUAUUCCACGGAAAUUAUCUAGGUCAUUAUCAAUUUUUUCCGGCCUCAGCAUGAUUGACUCGGAAGACGAGUAUGAGAAGAGUAUAUUUUCUUCCUGUGAAAAAGCCAAAUUGUGUACUUUGACACUGUACUCGUGGCUGGGGCUCUUGACAAUAGGCUCUGCUGUAACGUUGGUUGUCGUUGGAGUUUUACUAGUAGAUCCUUGGGUUGAGGCCUCUCGUUUCGUCUCUUCAACAUGUAUUGCUGAUAAUCUGCGGCUGAAAGGAGAAAGGAAAUGUACGUGUGGAAAAUCCUGUGCUUCUACGUAUCUUUGCAUUCAUCUCGAGGUCAAGUUCAUCGACCAUCGGAACAGCCCAAAACGAGCAAUUCUAAAAGAAAAUGAAGUAAAUUUAGUGAACGAGGUGCGUCACUGUAAAACGAUAAAUUUAAUCAUGGGUAGCCGUUGAUAGAAAUUGCUAAUCAGCCUGAUAUAACGGCACGCGAUACAUUAAGAGAAAAAGGAUAUAAGUAAUCUAGCGAUUCACUACUCAGGAAGUAUAGAAUGUAAAGUACAUCGUUUUAUUUAGUGUAUAUAUAUACAUAGUUAACGUCAAAACGCAG